UUUUUUUGCUCGUGGGUCCCUUCUACCUGUGUCCAUCGCUGCAGGUUGUUGUGCUGGCGAGCAAUUGGGCUGUUGUUGAUAUGCUAAUGAGGCGAUUAGACUGUGGGUAAAGAGCUGGAAAAGGGAAAAGUUUCCACCAUUAGAGGGAGAUCUCCGAGCGCGGACGGGAGCGCUGCCGAGCCUCCGCCAGCCGCGCUCCCCACGCCGCCCGGCACCGCCACCGUAGGGAGAGGCAAGGCAGGGAGAACCAAAUCCUCUCUCUCACGCCAAUCCAUGAAAAUGCUUUGGAAACUGACGGAUAAUAUCAAGUAUGAGGAAUGUGAGGAGCGCCACGACAGUACCAGCAACGGGACAGCCCGGCUACCCCAGUUGGGGACCGUGGGUCAGUCUCCCUACACCAGCGCCCCACCGCUCUCCCACACCCCCAACGCCGACUUCCAGCCCCCUUACUUUCCCCCCCCUUACCAGCCCAUCUACCCCCAGUCUCAGGACCCCUACUCCCACGUGAACGACCCGUACAGCCUCAACCCCCUCCAUGCCCAGCCACAGCCCCAGCAUCCAGGAUGGCCGGGACAGAGGCAGAGCCAGGAGACGGGGCUGCUCCACACGCACCGGGGUUUGCCCCACCAGCUCUCGGGGCUCGACCCACGCAGGGACUACCGGCGGCACGACGACCUGCUGCACGCCCCGCACGGGCUGGGCUCGGGGCUGGCCGACCUGCCCCUCCACUCCAUCCCCCACGCCAUCGAGGACGUGCCGCACGUAGAAGACCCCGGUAUUAACAUCCCAGAUCAAACUGUAAUUAAGAAAGGCCCCGUGUCCCUCUCCAAGUCUAACAACAACGCCGUCUCCUCCAUCCCCAUCAACAAGGACGCGCUCUUCGGCGGGGUGGUGAACCCCAACGAGGUCUUCUGCUCGGUGCCGGGCCGCCUCUCGCUGCUCAGCUCCACCUCCAAGUACAAGGUCACGGUGGCGGAAGUGCAGAGACGCCUGUCGCCGCCCGAGUGCCUCAACGCCUCCCUGCUGGGCGGAGUGCUCCGGAGGGCAAAGUCUAAAAAUGGAGGGAGAUCUCUGAGGGAGAAACUGGACAAAAUAGGACUAAACCUGCCAGCCGGGAGGCGUAAAGCUGCUAACGUUACCUUGCUCACAUCACUCGUGGAGGGAGAAGCAGUGCAUCUAGCUAGAGAUUUUGGGUAUGUUUGUGAGACAGAAUUUCCUGCCAAAGCAGUAGCUGAAUUUCUCAACCGACAACAUUCCGAUCCAAACGAGCAAGUCACAAGAAAAAACAUGCUUCUAGCUACAAAACAGAUCUGUAAAGAGUUCACCGACCUGCUGGCUCAGGACCGAUCUCCCCUGGGGAACUCGCGGCCCAACCCCAUUUUGGAGCCGGGCAUCCAGAGCUGCCUGACCCACUUCAACCUCAUCUCGCACGGCUUUGGGAGCCCGGCGGUGUGUGCUGCCGUCACUGCCCUGCAGAACUAUCUCACUGAGGCGCUCAAGGCCAUGGACAAAAUGUACCUCAGCAACAACCCCAACAGCCACACAGACAACAGCACCAAAAGCGGCGACAAAGAGGAGAAGCACCGAAAGUGAGGAUCCCCCCUCCCACACACUCCUCUCCCUUCCCCCUCAUAGCGCAUCGAUCUAUUCAUCUCCCUCCUCCCUCUCCCCGGCACCCAGCACCCCAGGCUACAGCAACAGAAUGAGCGUCCUUCUGCCAGUCCUGUUCUCUGACUCUGCAGGACUGCUCUGUCCUCUCUCCACACCCCUUCCCAGCAUCCACAUUUCCAUUUGCUCCUGCUUAAGUUUCCCCCCUCUUCCCACUGCCACCAUCGUUUUACCCCAGUUUGGAGCCUAAGAGAACAGAACAGGGGGACGGAGCCAGCAAA